AAACAUUUUUUAGAUCGGUCAACAAUUGCUUCAGACCAGUGAGUCUAAUGUUUUAUUGAUUUUUUUAUGUAAUUAAAAGUUGAAAAAGUUAAUCUGUAAAUGACCAUUAAAAAAAAUCCACGUUUGACUUCAGUGAAAGUGAGUUCAGCACAAUAGCACCACCCAUCCAUUCUAGUUUAUUUGGUAUGUAACAGUUAUGCAAAUCAACCUCUUGAGCGCUUAAAUAGUUGUAGGAUACCGGCCAAGUCACUUCGAGGAACACUGACAAACAGCACUCACCUCAAACAGAAGGAAUCUCUGCUCCCUAUUGUAAGUAAAAUUUGAUUUCCAUCGUUAGUUCUGAUAAGCACUUUUAAUUGGUGUCUUUCAUUUGGUUAUCUUUUGAAAAUGUCUUCAUUUCAUGUCCGUGUGAACCACUAUCAUUAUAUCCACGGUUCUAUCAGACAGGUUUUUUAGAUUCGUCUCAGCAAUCCUGGUUACUGUCUUGCACGAGACCAAUAGAGACCAACACUUCUUCUCUGUUUUUGUAAAUCUUUAGUCAUUAAUUUGCGUUAUCGUUCACACUUUGUCGGACUUUUUAGUCUAAGCCACAUUCAGACAUGCGCGUCUUUAUAUUUGGUUCUAUAUGUUAUAUGGGUAUGUCACUUUCCGUAAGGACCUGAAAUUGGCAGAACUGGUCAUUAUGGGGGUGUCUCAGUCCAUUGUAAGUAGUUAUCUUGGCCAGGGUAAUUGCUACAUGUAUUCCAACUUAAUUUGUGUUUAUAUUUGUUACAAACUGCGGCCCUCUUGUCCAGGUUUGUCCAGGAUUUCAAUAGCAGUAAAACUUGACCGUGACAUAUAUAAAAAUUAUAUUAUAUAAAAAUCUCAGAUGUAAAGCCACAAUAAUCUCUCAAAUCACAAGCCUUUACCCCUCAUUGGCAUUAAAUUGUAAGUUAAAUUUAACACAGACUUAAAAUUUCUACAAAUUUACAAGAUAAAUCAGCAUCUAACAGCAACAACUCUUUAACGGUCUUAAGCUACCCGUUUACUUAAGAAACCCAGUGACUGGGUCUUGGGUUAUUAAGGUAAUUUUCAAAUUUACUUGUCAAGUUCAUCUCACCUUAUAUAAGCUCAUCAUUGUACUAAUUAAGUUAUUUUCAAAUGUAGCACGGCCUUCAUUUCCAGUUUCCCGAGACUUCAACAGAGAGCGUGAGAGAGGUGGUAGACGUAGGCGUGGGGGAGUACUGUACUACUUAUGCAAAUGGUCACCAUAGCAAUGCAGCCCGCCGUUAGAAUCGGUUAUAUGGUAAUAAUUAGCCUACAAACAGUUAAUUAAGUCUGCUGCUAGUGAAGCUUCAGGUAUGUGACAAUCAAACAUGUAAAUCCAUUAAAACGUAACUUCAUAAUGAUAUAUGAUUAUAUGAUUCAUAGGAACGCAUUCCCUAUGUGACAUGUAUGUAGCUGUGGGGUACAGUUAAUUACAAUCCUGGGUUUGUUUGUAUAGCAUAUAGUUGCUAAGCGCUUCGCAGUUUGGGUGAAACCACACCUUUAAGAGGUGAGGACACUAUUAGGUAUCCCCCCACCCACACGCUCUUCCGCCUAGAAAAGCGGCAGAGUGAGGGAUUUCGCUCUCUUUCACGCUCAUCAGCUGUUUACUCCGGUAUUCCAUAUUUGGGCCGGGCGGGCACUAGUCACCGCUUGCUCACUGCACACAGCGAAGGAAGUGAGUCACGCUGACGGUAAUCCUACGUCUCUGUUGCUUUACAGCCGAAGAGAACAAGGAAGGAACGUGCCGCCACGAGAGUUCCAGCGCAUCAGUACCGAGGGGCAGACAACUACAGCAGGAGGACACCGACAAUAAAUCCGUUAAAAUUCACCAUGAAGCAAGAGAUCAAGGCCGGGGUGGACUUCCUCAAACGAAUGGCUGUGACACGUGGUAACUUAGAUGGGGCCAAAGCAGAGUUGUUUGCAGAAAAUCUUCAAAAACUUCUAUGUGAAAAAUACAAGGACCACUGGUACCCCGACUGUCCCAGCAAAGGCCAAGCAUUUAGAUGCAUUCGCAUAAACAGAAGCAUACCCUGUGAUGAAGUGGUGUUGCAGGCCUGCAAAGAGACUAACAUCAUGCCCACCAGCCUGGGAUUUCCAUCCGAGAUGACUCUGUGGAUUGAUCCGCUGGAGGUGUCUGCAAGAUCCAAAGAGAACAACAGUCCCUUUAAAGUUGCUUCUUUCGACAAAGAGGAGGAAGAGGAGAAUGAAGAGUGUGUGAAGGAUGACCUGGAUGUGUCCUCGCUGGACUCACUAAGCCAGGAGACUUCAGAUUACCACUCUGCCACAUCUUCGGAUUGUGGUUCAGCUGCAUCGAGCGACACGGAGGAGGAGGCAAAAGACGGGGAUGUGCAGGGAGAAAAAGAAAAAGAAGGGCAGGUUGCUGAGAAGGGAAAGAUGGAGGAUGAAAGCUGCAAAAUAACCAUGGUGCCCAGGAUUCGAAAGCCACACGAAGAUGGAUCAAACAGGGUCAAAUACCCAAGAAAUAUGGUGCCUCCUAACCUUCAGGUCAUCUACCACACUACACCAGUGUGGCCUCAGUACAAGAAGCAUGCUCCAGUUUUCCUCAGCACCGUGCCACCACCUCCAGCCCAGCAGGUCGUUGGAUACUACGUUGUGCCGCGGACCUUUCCGCAGUUCAUCAUCCCUCAGGCUCCCCUGCAGCCAUGGCGAGCAGGGAAGGAGUAGACCAAUUGUGAACUAUGGGGAGGGCAAGUUUGGGGGCAUUGUAAGCAUUAUAAGCUGAGCCGUCUGAUGUCAGGCCUGAGUACAGAUCUACUUGGACCAAAAGGUUUAGCUGUACAGUUUAAUUAUUCCUUUCAUAAUCUGAAAAAAACUCUUUCUUUUUUUUUUUUCAUUUUUCUUUGUCAACGACGGCUAUUACUCUGCACAGGGAUACCCCACAGCUCAAGUGAAAACUGCUCUUUGAAUCUGUUGUGUUUGCACUGCUGCUUUUGUAUUGAUGAACUGUACUCAACAAGAACAACAUCAGUCACUGGGUGCUUGAAGUUGAACUCAGGAAUUCUCAGCAAUAUGUUUAAUGCCAAAAAUAUGUCUUUUAAAAAUUUUUCUACCACCUGUAAGUCUUUGCAGGGUGUAAAAGUCACAGUUAAUCACUGUGAAAUGUUAUUCAGGGUUUUUAAACUACUGUAGCAAUAGUGACAAUAUCUGUAUAUUAAGUAGAAGAGGCUAUUUUUUUACUAAGCUGCUUGUAAAUAUUACCACAUCCGAUGAGCACUUUAUAAUCGUAUAUUUGUUGUAAUUUAUUCAGCCACCAAUGGAUGGCAGUCAAGUCACAUACAGUCAGUUUUAUAUAUAUAUAUAUAUUUCAAACUUUGGUUUUACUUUAGAAACUUCACUUUUCCAAAUGUGAACAUGUUUAUUUAAUAGCUUAAACGCUCUCUGCUGUAAUAUACAGAACGCUUGUGUCACUGUUUUUUUUCUUGUUUGUUUGUUUUUUAAUUUGAAAUAGGCUUGCGUAAGGUCGUGACUUUUUUUAUUGUUCAUUGCUUGCUAUGAGGUCCUGCUACAGCUUUAUAAACCAUGAAUUGUUACUUUUCAUUUUUUAUUUAUUUACAUUUCACGCUUGCGCGUUGAUUGAUUUUGUAGUUCUUGCUUGAGCCGCUUGUUUUAUCGCAGAAGAUUAAUCCAUGCAGCUUUUACUGAAAUCAUUGUUCUGACAUGAAUCGUACUUUUCAGUAAAGUCUUUGCUGUUGCGUUUAAAUCCUGUUUGUGUUUCU